AUCUACUUUUUGUGGAGUUGAAGCUGCGGAAAAACCGCGAAACAAAAAUUCGAACUAAGCCAACAGCCCUGGCCUACCAACAUAGAUCUAGGGAUUGACAAGCUUUACCUUGGAGGACUUCCUCAUUUCAACUUCCUCAGUUUCAUCAAGAUCUGAAUUUGACGUUCGGUCUAGAUCUAUACGUUUUGUCAGAGUAUUGUCGAAAACCUUCUACCAUGGAGUCUGAUUUGAUAAAGUCGUUUGUUUCCGUUCUUAAUUUAUUGUAGAAUCAGAAAAGUUGAACGGAAAUUGAGUAAAAGCAUAUACAGGGACUGGGAUAUAUUAUCAGGAAACCAGAAUCCAGUAAGCCCUGGUGACGUCUUGCAAAGCAUUUUGAUGACAAUAUUUACCAAAUCUGUGAGUGUGGUUGUCACAGAAAGCUGUCAAAGCUACUGGUUGUGAACAGAUCUGCAGACUCCAGGUCCCUUACUUUGUUGUCUAUGACAGGAUGGAAGUUUGGGAAAAAACUGAGAAGUUAAUUCUGCUUUUAGUUUUUACCAUUUUCGCACAAGAAUGUCAAGGGCAGCAGACUCAGCCUUUGAUUGCCUUGGAAAAUUCACAAACAAACGUGGAAAUCACUCUUCCUGAUGUUGGUGAUACCAAACUCGUAAGCAUAAAGCUUGUGAAUUUGCCGAAAGUCCUGCCGAUAUUGUAUGUGUAUCCACAAAAAUUUACUACGGUGAUUAGAUCUGAAUUUGAGGCUCGCGUCAAGGCGGACACUGAUGCUGCGGUCCGUAAGGUCACGUUGAAGUUCAGUCCAGUGGAGAGAGUGGAUGCUGGUUCCUUCAAGUGUUUUGAAAAGCUGACAGAAACGGAGAUAGAAAACUGUGGCCAACAGCUCAUUGUAGUUGGGAAACCCGACCGUCCUGUCAUCAGUGUGCUGGAUGGGUUCAGUCAGCUGGUGGGGGAAACUCUGAUGCUGGAGUGUACGGUCAAUUCUCGGACUUUGCCAGAGGACCACAACCUUCCGGCCAAAGUGUGGUGGCAGGACUCACAGGGCCGGGAUAUUGGUCUGCUAGGGGGAACUGACCCACAGCUGUCUGUGGACUCGGAAGAUCGCCUCAUACUGAAGGACGUGUCUCGCUCGAAUGUGGGAUUGAAUUUUACGUGCAAAACAGCAGAUGACACGGGUGAUGAAAAUCUUAUGUUGGUGUCAGAUGCCAGUGAGGUUUUCACUGUUCAGCCUGAGUAUGCCCCAGGACAGAGUGACAUAAUGAUCAGCCCGUUCAUGAAAAAUGGUGCGGCUCUUAACUUGAAUCUGGGAGAAAAGUUGCAUUUCUCGUGUCAAGCGCAGUGCUGGCCUCAAUGUGAGAUCGCCUGGGUGUUCAAGCCUGAGAACAAGACUACAAAGUACAGUCCUGUGAUUGGCCUUGAAGAUCCCACAGUUCUUGAUGUGGAAGUCAGCCGCUAUGACUCGGGAAGCUACCGAUGUCGCGCUCAAAAUAAGUAUGGCAAGGUCCGACAUUCUUUCAGUCUCGAGGUGUUUUAUAUCAACAGUCCCAUCAUAUCAGUGGACGGCUCUGAUGUGGCUCGCCAAACUGUUGAUGAGGGGUCAAACAUUGAUAUUGCUUGUCGAAUUGACUGUCACCCGCAGCCUCAGAUCAGGUGGCUCUCCCCUACCAUGAGCCUCCUGAAGACGGAGCAGGGUCAUGGUCCGGAAGUAUCGGUCGCCAGCAGCAGUGUGACGGAGCAUUGGUACCGCAGCUUCUUCGUCCUGGAGGCUUCCCGUUGUGAGGACAGCGGCAUCUACACGUGCGUUGGGGAGAAUGAGGUCACACGCAUGCAGUCCAGCAUCGACAUCAUGAUCACAUGCCGCCCAAGCAGCGUGACGGACGAGGAAUUCUCGCUCAAGUCGGAGUAUAUAUGGCAGAUCCCAUCUGGUCUCAAGUUUGAGUUUGUCAUAAGGGCAGUCCCUCCGCCUGUCGUCAAGAGAGUCGUGUCCACGCGAAAUGGAGGCACACAAGUAGAGACCCAUGGUCAAGACUUCCAGGUGUCUUCAGAGAGCAACUUUCAGGGGAAGGCCUACCUCACCAAGUUCAUCUUCUCCAGCAUCCGCACACUGGACCUCAACGAUGCCGAUCGCACGUUCACCAUCACUCUAGAGUCUUCUGUCUUCACAGAGGAGUUCAGCUUUGUCAUUCGCCCAAGAGGUCCGCCUCAUCACGUGACUAAUGUGACAGCAGUCAGUGUGUCCCACAAUUCACUACUGCUAGCCUGGCUGCCAGGAUUCAAUGGUGGGGAGGAGCAGAUGUUUAGUAUUGAUGUCGGUCGGUCUGGAGGUGACUCAUGGAUGCUUGCUGUGGAAGACGUCUUGGAUGAACGCGAUGAGGAGGGCUACGUGAGCGCUCGUGUCCCUUCCUUGAGUCCAAACACGGAGUAUGUUGUUCGUGUCGUGGCUUGGAACACACGAGGGAAUUCCACGGUGGAGGAAGUUUUUGUUACUUCAGGUGCCCCGGCAUCGUCACUUGGGGCUGGCGCAGUUGUGGGUAUCGUGUUUGCUGUCCUUAUCAUCAUCGCAGUCCUCUGCUUCAUCUUCUAUUGGUUUGUGUACCGCAAAAAAUGGGGCAAGAAAGAAGCAGAUGGAGAAGCAGAAACGAGUCGGCCGAUGUUGCCAAAGCAGCUGACUGAUUUUGUGAGUCGUCUGAGGAACCGCUCCACAGAGAAUGGACAUAGCGUUGGAAACUCAGAUGGAGAUCCCCCAGGCCCUUGGGUGAGGAUGAAAAGCUUGUUUUCAAGAAAACCUGUACCCAAACCAGCGGAUUACAGCGAUGAUGAUGACUUCAGUGACGACCCGGAAGAUGAUGAGCCAGGCGCUGAAGACGGCACAUAUGUCAAUGUGCCUAAACGGGCUCCUCCAGUAGACAAGAAAGAGCAUAUUUAUGCCAACGCCAGAGUGAUCAACAACAACAGACUCCGAGAGAAAGAAGAGAACAAGGCUGGACGCGAAGUGAAUCCGGACGGUUUGGUGUACGUGACAGUGGACUUUCCCAAUGCACAGGCGGAAGAGAAAAAGAAGAAGAAGACAAAGAAAGAGAAAAACAAGGGUAAAGAAGUCGAAGGCGAGAUCAAGUCAGACUACUCGGAGAUCGACUUUGCCAAGACGGCUGCCCUCAACGAGAAGAUGAAAGUCGAGGCUGCUGCAGCAGAGGCGGUUGAAGCUGAGGGGGAUUUGAACACAGACGCUCGGGGUGUGGACGCUGACGGUGAUGGGGGAGUACGGGACGGAGAUCAGGGGAUGGAAGAUGGAGAUCAGGGGAUGAGAGAUGGAGAUCAGGGGAUGGGAGAUGGGGAUCGAGGGGUGGUGGCAGACGAGACUCCAGAUGCAGACAAAGAUGGUGGGGCUGACGAUGUGGUUGCUGAUGGUCACAUAGAGAAAGAGCCGCCAAUGCUGUAUGGUGGAAACGAAUCUGUUGGCACUGCUGUGUGAAAUGGUGAGAGGCAUGGAAGUAAGGGUGGCCUAGAUAUAGUUCAAAAUGGGAAUGCCAUAAUUCUGAAAUUUUAGAGACCUUGCUAGGGGAUUCUAUUUCUCUUUAAAUUUUUGUGGCUCCGAAAAAUGACGAAGGUUUCACUCCUUUGAAGCCGUGGCUGUUUUGAAAUGUACAUACUUUUUGUUCCCGUAUUUCUGAACAAGCCCGGCUUAUGCAAGUGGUCGUGAUGUUAAGGCUUUUCGCUUGCAAGAGAUAGAAUUCUAGACGUUUUGGUGGGUGUGCUUAAGGUUGCUCUCACAGUUAGUUAAAAAGAUGCUAAUUGGGAAGAUGUCUGGCGGAAAAAUACUCCAAUGCUUCAAUUUUUGGAAGGAUAAACUGUCAAAUUGCCCCUGCUUUCCUUGUCUGGGGAAUAUUUCAGAUGGUGAGACCUGAAUUAUCUACUGAAACAAAGUAUGGAAACUGAAAUCAGUCGUAAAAGCUAGCUCUGCUCUGCUUCAUAGAUCAGCGAUACCAUAGAGGUUUGCCAUUUGCCAGGCAGUCUGGUAAAUGCUGGUAUGAUGCUAACGGGGUCACCAGUUAAACAAAAUGUAUUUGGAAGACAGGGACUGAUUACAGUGUUAAGUCAAAAAGUGAAAUGGGUCUGCUCUGCAUAAGGAUAGCUUGACUGACAAUUUUUGUGGGAAAGGUUGACUGGGAUUUUAAUGUAUUGUGAAUGUGGCUUUUAGAAGUUUAGUAAAGUUGUUGUAAAUAAAUGUCAGUAAGAUUCCAUUGUCCUGGGUCAGGGAAGAAAACUUCCUGAAAACCCCAAUGCUUUUCUCGUCUGAAGGACUCCUUGUGCAGACCCUCAGUGACUCUGUUCAUGUCGAUCUAUGCUUACUGCGUCAGCAGUGUCAAAUUUGAAUGUUGUUGCAGUCGGUCUGGUUCUCUUUUUCCUUGGAUUUCCAAGGGCUUUCGGUCUUGAAUACUUCUCACAUCCAUACAGAGCACAAACUAUCAAAAGAGCAUGCAAAGCUCAACUGCACAAUUCGAAAGAAAGAAGAAAGAAGCAAAGGUAAUACUUAACACAUUUGUACUUGAGGCAGCUCACUUGUUUUUGUCAGUCAUUGCCAUCACCAGAUUUGUUCUGAUCUGUCCACUUUUUGUGAUAAAUGAAUUGAUGCAGACCUAAAAGUGCCUUACUUGAGCUGAUGUGCCUUUUUUAUGCCAUGGAGAAUGUGAUAGAGCUUCUUUUAUGUCACUCUGAUAUAGAAUACUGAGCAAUCACUCACAGUAGUGCUCCUGGUUUAAUCAGCAGACAGUUCGUUUUGUUUAAUGCCAUAAGAUAUAAUGUUUGUAAACACUGACUUAUGUUGUCUUUUGUAGCGUAUGUUAUUGAAGUUUGAAGUGUUUGGAGGAUUUAUCUUUAAAUCUAUAUAGGUUGUGCAGUGCACAGAGCUUGCUGCUCAGUGGGAAUUUACACCAUACAAAUGUUAUAGAUUAUUAUGAUGUAUUAUAUUAUGUCAGUUUGGACCAAUCCCCCCCCCCCUUGCUCCCUUUUGAAGCUUUCUUGUGAAGUUUGGUUUUAUGGAAGAUAUUUUUUUAUGUGUGUGGACCAGAUGUCACAGAAGUCAUUCAAUAGUGGACCAGAUAAGUGCUUCAGAUGUAUGUGUGAUAUAUAUCAAUUUUAUAUAAGAAUACUUCUGCAGUAAAACCUUGGUAUAACAUUACAAUUCUCUCUUUGGACUCAAGAUCUUGAACGUCUUAGCCAUGAUACGUAUUGGCUAAAAAGCAAAAAAAAAGUGGCAGUGACAGGGAAUGGUACUGAGUGUUAUAUAUAUUUAUUCACUUAUUCAAUCCCUGUACAUUUGUUUGUAUGAGGGGCAGAGAGAUGAGAGGGACUGGGAAAUGCAAACAUUCACUGAUGGCAAAACGACAACAGGAAAAACUAUGGCUUUUCCUUUCUUUGUUUUAUUCUCACAAUGUACUCCAUAUGUUGUGAACAGACUUUUAAUCACUAAGUUUUUUUAAAAAUUAACGUUGCAGCAAAAAUACGUUUCAUGUAGGUACAUUUUAGAAGGUAGCUUUUGAUGAGUAAAAAUAAUAGUUUUCAUAAAUUUAGAAAGUGAAUGUCACAGCUGAGAGUACAUUAUAACAAGGUUUUACUGUGGGUGUAUUUAUUCAGCCUAUAAUGAGGAGAUGGUUGGUGAGCGCCACUGGUAGGUCAUACUUCUUUAUCUUUCUUAUUGGUGGUUUGCCUUGCCUUUUCUCAGAACUAAAUGACUGUCAUUAUAUUGAUAUGGAUCUCUUUACUCAAACAAUAGCCUCAAAUUGUCGAUGUCCAGUUGGCUGCAUUUUUUCCUUACCCCACAUUUGACAUUUGGCUUUUGGGCUUUGUGGCACAGGCAAGUUUCCUUUCUUUUUUUUUUUUUUUUGGUUUCCAUCACAGAUAAUAUAUCUCAAUUAAAAAAAAAAUUUUUGCAGUGGUGUUUACGGAUUUUGUAUUCUGUAUUUUCUGAAUUUGUGAAUUUAUUUUUACAAAGAUAAAUUUUGAUAGAGCUAUAAACCAGUUUGACUGCAAAAUUUGUGAAGGUCAGUACAUGUGUAUGGGAUUGUGUAUGGCUGCUGAUAUAUGUUUUUAUUGAUGUGUUGUUAUUGUGAUCAUGAUCCUAGUUUGGCAUCUUAUGUUGCGUUUAUUUGAUUAGUUGUUAGAAUACUAGUCAAGCCAAAGUAAUUGUUUUGAAAAAGAUAUGUGGUUCCUGAUUUUAACAUUUUUAUUGUUUCUGUUUGCUGUCUUAAGAUCUUGUUUUGUGCAAAAUCAGCUGAAAGCUGCUCCCAAGUAACACCUUUUAUCUUCAGAACUUUUAUGGCAUAAUUGUGUUGCAAGUGCCUGAAAACUCUUACUAAAACUAAGUUACAGAGAUAAGAGUGUCAUUUUGUCUUUUGAGAUGUUCUUCUCCUUCCACAAAUUGCAACUCUCAUUUUUUGUUGUCGCUUCAGGCUUUGUUUGUUUUGAUUUGAUUAAAGUUUUACGACACUCGCAACUGCAUAAGCUAAUAUAAGGUCUCUUUGAGACCUGAUGUGGCUUGUCUGUCGUCACUGGAAGUAUUAUGUGUCUACGUUGUAGUUAAUAUUGCUCUUUUUUUAUUUUGUUCAGAUAGAGGUUCUUGUGCCAUUUAAAACAGGCUCAGCAUGGAAGGUAUUACCUGAUGUAAUGGAAAAAGUUGUUUGUACUAAGUCAUUUUGUAUAGCUUCAAGAAAAUGUAUUGAGCACAUUUUGUACUGUAGUGGCCAAUAUCUAUUAUGUGUAGUGAAGAUUUUUCACUUUUCAUAGUCUUUUUCAUGUUUUGCAAUUUGAGACGUUUUUGACAUGUGUUUGUGUCCCUCUCAGCCUAGGUCGGGGCUGACUGGCAGGUUCAAAACAUGGGUGGUUGGCGGUUGCUUUGGUGAGGUUUGUUCCUUCUUUCCUAUCUAACAUCUGUCGUCCUUAUCUCCUCUCCUUCUUUUUUGCUUUUGUUACUCUCUUGUAACACCUCUAAUCUUUGGCACUUAUGUGAUCUUAUUGUAUUGCAAGUGCCUUAAAACUCUUUUUAAAAAGGGUCAAGGCAGCCUUCCUCCUCAAUUAUCUAAAUAGUUUCGAUGGAGACAUGAAACUUCCUCAAAUACGAUUACAUUGAAAUGUAUUAUGUUGGCAAUAAGCAGGAUUGGCUUGAAAGAUUAGGUGGCCACCAGUGUCCAUGUGAGGGGCAAGUGAGAGAAGGAAAGAAAAGAAGAA